CAGAUCCCGGGCGCCUCGUGAUGUCACGGCAGCUUUGAUACAAAGAACCCUUCGGCCCACGCGGGUCUCCCGGCAACCGGCGCGGGUGGGGGCGGGGCUGGCAUCUUCCGCUGGUGCCGAACCGAGCGAACGGUCGCGGCGCGGCGGGGGCCGUUCCUGUUCUCUCCGCGCGACCGCCACGUCCCUUCCCGCCCCGCGUCCGCCCGCUGCUCGCUCCUCUGCCGCGCACCGACCUGCGACCAGACCUGGCAUGCGCACCCCGCCGGCCCCCGGGGGCCAGCAGCCCCGCUCUUCCACCGACGGCUGGAUGUGACAGACACAUCACUCGGCCCUGAGGGACGCGUCCAUGUUCCUUGACUAACCUAUUUCUAGGUCACCUUCCUGCACUCAGCCGGGCAGCGAGGUGCCAGGCCCCACCUUUGCUGAUGGCGAGGUCCUCCCCAGGGAGCCCGGCUUCUUUCCUGAGGAGGAGGAGGAGGCUAUGACACUGGCCCCGCCCGAGGGCCCCCCAGAGUCAGACAUGGACAGCCCCAUGGAGAGCACCCAGAGCCUGGAGGGGCCUGUCGGGAGCCCUGCCGAGGAGAAGGACGGGGGUCUCGGGGGCCUGCUCCUGCCUGAGGACAAGUCCCUGGGCCACACUCCAUCCAUGACGACUUCAGACCUCUCCACACACUCCACCACCUCGCUCAUCAGCAACGAGGAGCAGUUUGAAGACUACGGGGAGGGAGACGAUGUGGACUGUGCUCCCAGCAGCCCCUGCCCCGACGAUGAGACCAGGACCAACGUCUACUCGGACCUGGGGUCUUCAGUGUCUUCCAGUGCAGGGCAGACGCCCCGGAAAAUGCGGCACGCGUACAACAGCGACUUGCUGGAUGUCUACUGCUCUCAGUGCUGCAAGAAAAUCAACCUGCUGAAUGACUUGGAAGCCCGACUGAAAAACCUGAAGGCCAACAGCCCCAACCGAAAGAUCUCCAGCACGGCUUUUGGACGGCAGCUCAUGCACAGCAGCAACUUCAGCAGCAGCAACGGCAGCACCGAGGACCUGUUCCGGGACAGCAUUGACUCCUGUGACAAUGACAUCACAGAGAAGGUGAGCUUCCUGGAAAAAAAGGUGACGGAACUGGAGAAUGACAGCCUGACCAAUGGGGACCUGAAGAGCAAGCUGAAGCAGGAGAACACCCAGCUGGUGCACAGGGUGCACGAGCUGGAGGAGAUGGUGAAGGAUCAGGAGACCACGGCCGAGCAGGCCCUGGAAGAGGAGGCGCGGCGACACCGAGAGGCCUACGGCAAGCUGGAGAGGGAGCGGAGCACGGAGAUCGAGCUGCUGCACACCAGGGUGCAGCAGUUAGAGGAGGAAAACACAGAGCUCAGGACAACAGUGACUCGGCUCAAGUCGCAAACAGAGAAACUGGACGAGGAGCGGCAGCGUAUGUCCGACCGGCUGGAGGACACCAGCCUGCGGCUCAAGGAUGAGAUGGACCUGUACAAGCGCAUGAUGGACAAGCUGCGGCAGAACCGCCUCGAGUUCCAGAAGGAGCGGGAGGCCACGCAGGAGCUCAUCGAGGACUUGCGGAAGGAGCUGGAGCACCUGCAGAUGUACAAGCUGGACUGCGAGCGGCCAGGCAGGGGCCGCAGCGCAUCCUCCGGCCUGGGCGAGUUCAGCGCCAGGGCCCGCGAGGUGGAGCUGGAGCAUGAGAUCAAGCGACUCAAGCAGGAGAAUCAUAAGCUGAGGGAUCAGAAUGACGACUUGAAUGGGCAGAUCUUGAGCCUCAGCCUCUACGAAGCAAAGAACCUCUUUGCCACCCAGACCAAAGCACAGUCCUUGGCUUCGGAAAUCGACACGGCCUCGCGCGAUGAGCUCAUGGAAGCCCUCAAGGAGCAGGAGGAGAUCAACUUCCGGCUGCGGCAGUACAUGGACAAGAUCAUCCUCGCCAUCCUGGACCAUAACCCCUCCAUCCUCGAGAUCAAACACUGAGACGGGAGCUGGCUGCAGAGCGGCCUCGGGACCCCGGGACCCCAGGACCAAAGGGCAGGCCCUGCCUGAGGAUGCGGCCCCAGCCGGGCCCCCCCACACACUGAAAAUGUAUCUCUGGCCACCAUGUAAUGUGUACUGGUGUGGACGCUGAGCACACAGCGAGGGGUGAGCGUGGGGCCGUGGCUGGGGUUGACUCGGCGCCGUUAGCUGUCCAUGCACUUUGUGGUCCCUUUGCAGGGGCAGAGCGUCCUGGAGGUUGCGGGGGGCAAGGUCUGCAAUCAGGAGUGACUGUAAUAACAGGAACUGGAAGCUUGUGUUGCAGAUACUGGAUAAAAUGAUUCUACCUCUGGGGUGAGGAUUAAAUACUCUAGGGAGACAGCUCUUUUUCCCACCCAUGCCUUCUGGGAGCAGGAGCAAAGCUAGGACCUUUCCUGGGAGUUCAACUGUCCAACAGCGGUGUCCUCGCCAGCCUCUGUAGCCACCUCUGAAGUCCAGGUGCUGGAGCUCAGAGAGGAGGAAGUGGCGUUUAGGGGGACGUGAGGAGGGGCCCCCACCAGCCCCCUCCCCGGCCGGCAGCCCCUGCAAUGCUUGUGCACCGUGUGUCCAAAGGACUCGGGCUUGCUGCCGAGCCACCUUCAUUCUGAGAAGCCUCGUGUUUUUAGCGCCCUCCGUGCCCCUCCCAUCGCUGCUGACCUACCUCUCCCUUCCUGUUUUGUUUUGGUUUUUUUUUGAGACCAUGAAAAAUAAGCAGCGUUCACUUGGCUGUAACGUGCAGGGAUUAAAGGAAGGAGAAGGAGGCUGAGGGAUGGGGGUGUUUCAGGCAGGUGUUGUCAUUGGGCAACCAAAGACGUGGUUUUCGGGGAGGAGCACGCUCGCCUCCCCACCAGGUUCCUUCCGCCGGCUGCAUCUGGAAAGAGAAGCCAGGAUGGACCGCCGGCCGCUUCUGGGCCUGGCAGUGGGCCUUGCUCACCACCCUGCGUCCUGCGCAGCCUGGUGACAGCAGCCGCGGGCGCGGGUGUGCAGAGCCAGGCCUCUGGGCUGGGCUCAGCUGGGCAGGGAGACCCCGGCAUCCCCACUUUUAGGAACACACCUGCAUUCGGUCCUCAGCCCGUGGGAGACAGUUGGGGAAGUUUCAGGGAAACCUUAGUCGUCUGUCCUUGGGGCACGUGUGGGAGCUCACACACAUUUUCAGUGUGAUCUUUUGUUCCCGGCAGCUGGGAGUAGAUAGGGUACUUUUCCUCUGAGUUUUCCCAGUGGUUCUCCGUUUUCUGUGGCCGAUUCGUUUCCUCAAUCCAAAUGUAUAAACAUGGAUGGGCUUCAUUUCCCCCCUGAAGUUUGCUUUCGUUAGCACUUCUAGUGUACAGGGAAAGUCUGGGCAUGUUGUGGAGGGAGUGGAGGGGAGUAUGCCGGGAAGGUAGGGUAGUGGCGGGUGAAGAGGGCCCCUGGGGACUUGGGGGUUCCCUGCUCACAGAGGUAGGCUGUGGCCACGACCCACCUUCUUUCCAGUCCUGUCAGCUUUUGCUUUGGUUGGAUUGUGUGAUUUCUUUUCAAGAAUAUGUGUGGUUUGUUUCAGGCGGCAAAUAACGGGGCUGCGUUGGCUUGAUCUAGGAGUUUGGGGCCCCCCACACCAGGAAAACCAGGGCCGGAGUCCGUCCUCGGAGCUUCUC